AUGUCUACUUUUUCAAUCCUUACACGUCAGUGUCUUGAAUUGAGUGAAAUUUGCCCAAAAUGUAAAUGGAAUUGUGACCAUUACCAAUCGAAUGGCUUUUGCCGUUGUAGCCCAUACGGUAAACGAGAUUGUGAUAUAAGUCGAGAACAUUGUUGGGCAGACAUCGUAAUCCACAUUGAUUUUCCGUCAAAUCCUCGACUUUCCGAAGUUAAUAUAAUUAUCGAUGGUGAUAAUUUUUCACAACGAAUUAUAGUUGUAUUAAUUGAUUAUUUCAUACAUCAAGGAUGUAAAACAGUUGGGAUGGUUAUUUCGCCAUCGAAGUAUAUUGGAAUUAUUAGUGGAAGUUAUGGUGACCAGGUCAAAUUGGAGUUUAUUCGUCUUAUCGAAGGUGGACAUGUACUGGUUAUUUCGGCAGCUAAUUCAAUGUAUUAUGAUCACACGGGUGGUUGUGAAGAUGCGGUUGUUUUACACAUUGGCAUGUAUCAUCGAGCCAUAGUACUCUCAAAUGACACGUUCAAACCGAAAAUUGGUGAAGAACAUGAACUCAUUCCAAAUACCAUUCUUCAUAUAGCUGAAACCAAAAUUUCUGAUUAUGAAAUCUUGCUAACAUUCACCACUUCGUCUAAUCUCACUCAAGCAGGUUCCGAUGUUAUAAACUAUGUAAUAGAUAAUGUUCUCGCGCAAAACACACCGACUGAUCCCAUAUGUACAAGUUCAGCUAUAGAACCUCAUAUUCCAGAAAUUCUAAAACGACAUCGAAUUUAUAAUCUGAAUAAACAUCUGGAUCGAUGUGAUCGUGUUCUUUAUGAGCAUUAUUCAAAGUUAGAAAAAUAUACUCAACAAUUAAAUACGUUUACGAGACAAAUAGAGAAAGCACCGAUUAAUGAUAUGGAGUUGAUUGAAACAUUAAACGCGAGAAAACAACAAGUGAUUGAAAAUAGAGAAGCAUAUAAAGACAAAAUCGCAUCACUAUUAGAACAAAAUAUAAAAUUUAGAGAAGAAAUGGUUCAACAAUUAACUAUAUUAGGUUAG